CGGCAUGCAGACAAGAGCUGGGGGGGAGGGCAGAGAGCAGGUCUGAGCUGAGUGUGAGAGACCGCCACCUUUAUCCAUCUGUGCUCUUAGUAGAGAGGCUGCAUUGCUGCUGUGUGCUGUGGGAUUUUUAAUUUAUGUGCAUGUUGAAUUUCAUGAGCAGACGCUUUUAAUUUGCCUCUGUUCUCCGUAGAGGUACAGUAGCUCUCUCUUUCUCUCUCUCUCUCUCUCUCUCUACCUCUCACUCUCUGCCCCUUUCUCUCUCUCUUUCUCUCUCUCUUUAUCUCGCGCUCUCUUCGAGCCGGCGCUUCUUUUUCGAGUGUGUGUGAGAGAGAGUGUGCAUCAGACCAGGACAGCGGAGCUCCCACGUUUUAUGACAAAAUGGCCAAGGACGGAGAAAAGAGCGAGUGGAAGGAUUUUAUAUGGAACCCGAGGACCAGGGAGUUUCUGGGCAGGACGGCGAGCAGCUGGGGUCUUAUUCUUCUCUUCUAUGUAGUUUUCUACAUUUUCCUGGCCGGCUUGUUUGCGCUCACCAUGUACGUCAUGCUGCAGACCCUGGACGAACACAAACCAACCUGGCAGGACAGGCUCUCCACACCAGGCAUGGUGAUUAGACCCAAAGCAGAUGAGACCUUUGAGAUCAUCUACAACAUCCAGAAAACUGAGAGCUGGGACAUGUACACUCAGACCCUGGACAAGUUCCUGGCACCCUACAACGACUCCGUCCAGGAGCAGAAAAACGACGAGUGCACCCCGGACCAGUACUAUCUGCAGGAGGACAGCGGCAAUGUGAAGAACAACCCAAAGCGCUCCUGUCAGUUCAACCGCACUAUCCUGGAGGACUGCUCUGGAAUCCAGGACCGUUACUAUGGAUACCAGUCGGGCAAACCAUGCAUCAUCAUCAAGCUGAAUCGGGUGAUUGGGAUGCUGCCAGGGAAGGAUGGACAGGCUCCGUAUGUCACCUGUGGUGCAAAGAGAGAAGACAGUGAGAAGAUUGGAGAGUUGAUGUACUUCCCUCCAAAUGGCACCUUCAACCUUAUGUACUACCCUUACUAUGGCAAGAAAGCUCAGGUGAACUACUCUCAGCCUUUGGUUGCCGUCAAGUUCCUUAACAUCACUGUCAAUGAGGACGUCAACAUCGAGUGCAAGAUCAACGCCAACAACAUUCCCGUCGGAAGUGAAAGAGACAAGUUUGCCGGGAGAGUGUCCUUCAAGCUGAGGAUCGACACUAACUAGGUUGACCUUUUCCUCCCCUCUCCUGAAAACUACUCUCUUCAUUCUCUGCAGCAUUGCACAUGCACAGAAAUAAAUCGCAGUAUUCACACCCUUCGUAGGAUAUGUUUACAACCCCUGAAUGUUUUUGGGAAAUAGUCCAGUCAUGUUAUGAGGUGAGAUGAGAUCGAGAAUUUAAAAAACAAAAGGGUGGAAAUCCUGUCAUUAUUUCUGUCUGUGAGCUUUGGGACAAAAUUCUUUCCUGUACAUUAAUUUGAGGUGACGUCUAUUUAUACUGCAUGACAAACUAGGGGAUAUAAAGGAUGUGAACGUGUGUUUUCAAAGUUUGCAAGGAUCAGUAACAUUACCAAGUUAUUGCUGCUCCCCUCCGGUUGCCUCCUUAUAGAGUAUCCCUCUAUAUACGAAUAUACACAACUUACAAUACAAAAUGUGUAUAUCUACGGUAUUUAUACAGUAUCACGACCUUAUAUCAGUACAUCAAUUUUGUUGCACUUCAAAGAAUAUUCCAACAGACUUGUGUAUAUCUUGACAGGGUGGAUGCAGAGACGAAGCCAUUUUGCAUGUGUGUAUACGUCUUCAGUGUGCUUUGAGGGCAGGAGGCCCCCAUGUCCCACCUCUCUGCUAAGUUUGAAAUAAGGUUAUGUCGAACCACUGACCACCAGGAGGGGCCGCACUGUGAUCUUCUAAAACUCGUGCACGGCAAGUGUGUGUUUUACGAAAACAACGUAGCGUAAGAUAGGAAUCUUCAUGAAACCAGAAAAGAAACGGGAGUUACAGUAGAGGUCGAAACCUUCAAGAGUGUGUGUGUGUGUGUGUGUGUGUGUGUGCUCUAUUCAAAAUUCUCAUCUCACACAGUAGGUCGGGAAAUUGCAUGCAAUGUGCAAUAUUCAUUAAGUGGCAAACAUUAUGAAUGCUUGAGUCUGACCCUAAGAUGACAGGACAUCUCAUAAGUGAUAAUUCUUUUUUUGGAUCAUUUCAUCACCGGUUGUUUGACUUGGGAGCAGUUUACAGAACAGAUGUGGGUAUUUAGGUUGCUGGUGAUGGUCGUAUCAAAACUACUGAUGCCAUACAAUGGGAAAAGGCAUGUCAGUUACGUCAACAUCAGCAUGACCCAAAACGUCCAGUGACGUAGUGGUUAAACAAAACUUUAGCUCCGAUGCUCCGUUACGCUCCCUGUCAUUGUCACUAACAAUUUCUUCAUGAAGUUAAAUCAGGAUCCAUUUCUUGUGUCUAAUUUUUUUUAUUUAAACACGAAUAUUUAGAGUUCCUUUUGUGUGCUUUGCAUCUAUUUCAUACAAUCAAGUAUCAGAAAUAGAUGCUGUUGUGAUAUUUUUGUAUUGAUUUGCACUGGAAGUGUUUCCUUUGUUUUAUUCAUGUCCCAUUUUCAUCCUCGAAAAUAUUCAUCAAGGAUAUCAAAAUUUGUAGUUUACAUUUCCCUUUAUAGUUGACUGUUAGAGUCUUGAUUAUGUGACUUGAUAGUGGAUCAGAGUUUUGUUUUUUAGGCCUGUAAAAUAUAUAUUUUUUUCCAUUAAUAUUUUUUCCUUGUAGUAUUUUCCAAUAUUGAACCCAUGAAUCAGGCUUAAGGCAGAGCCAUUACGAUAAGAAGACAACUACAUUGACCAGCCAACCUCUUUAAAAUUCAUGAAUUAAGUCUGGUGCUGUUUACCUAAGGUGUAUUCACCAUGCAGUACAAGCAAGCCUUCAAAUACUGACAAUAGAAAUCUGUGGAGUCACACCUUUAAACAUUCACAUGCACAGCAACAAAAUGAAACCAGUGUGACUGUCACCCCGGAUCAUAAGCUUCUGUUCACUCACUUUAAAAGAAAGAAAGAAGGAAAAGAAAGAAAAGAUGUACAACUGAGGAGUUGUCAGUCGUUUGAGGGUUUUUUUUUUGUGUGACUUCACUUCAUGCGUCGCCCCUCUCCAGCAUUCCUGCAACACUUAAUUUCACUGUAAUCUCUUAAUCUGGCCGGCUAAUCCAGAGCAGGCAUGCUGAACUUCUUUACCCCACUUUGUCACUCCUCCUCCUCCUUGUGUGAAACACUCGAUUCACUGUCAUCAUCUUUCAAGAUGGAGAGAGUAAAAUUAAUUUCCCCUUGUUUGUUAUUAAUUUCUGAAAUUAAAGCCCCUUUAAAUGACAAAAAAGCAGGUUACAUGUUUUGCUCCAUCACCUUAUUAGACAUGCUCACUUUAAUUUAUGUGCACAUGAAGAUUUGUUCUUCAACCAAAGACUUUCAUGACAGAUUGAAUUUGAUUGAUUGGAUGCACAUACUCAGCAGCAGAUCUCAGUGUGGAUCUCAUUCAAAAGACUGAAAGAUCGAGGUGGAGACCCUGUGCAAUUAACUUUUAUAUAAUAAUAAUACAUCAUAAAUAUAUGAAUAAUAAUAGUAACACUACAACGACUAAUAAUAAUAAUUAAAAUUAUGAUAACAAUAUUACGCACAAAAGGAACACGUUACAUGACAAGAUAACAGUGCCUCCUGGUGGACAGAUUGUGUUGUUCCCCAGUGUUACAGAAUGUUAUUUCCUGUUAUCUCCAUUUAUCCUUUUUUUUUUCUGUGAUAAUUUGGAGAUGUCCUCAAAAAGCAAUAUAUUUAUUUCUUGUGUGGCUGUAUGAUGUAUUUAUUGGAAAGGCUGAAACUAAAUCAGUGCAACAUGUAUCAUCAAGGGCAAAGAGGAAAAAGGAAAAAACAUAUAGAUGUCGCAUUCUGGCAUUAUUGCCAGUUUUGUGUGUAUCAUCAUGAUGGAACAAUCUAAAAAAAACAAUUGUUUUGUUUAUAAAAGAGUAUUUUUACUGCUAUUUUGUUGUAAAGAGGAGAGAAUGUAUUAGCUUGGAUUGUAUCAUGUCAUGGAACUAUAUCUGGUAGGUUUCAUCAUUUAAUUCAACAAAUGGCAAAAUGUUAACAGCUCGGUUGGAAAAGUUUUUGAUUUAUGUAUAGAAUUUUUUGUCAUUGUUUGAGUCCUCUCUACUUUGUUAAAGUGAGCGUGCAGUGAAAGUUCUCUGAGGUCUGCUGUACCAGAAUGAAGAAAGAGUUGUUAAUGGUAAAUCAGUGAGGUGGUGAAUAAUGAGAAGCGCUUUCAGAGAAAUUUCAGGUGAUCAGAAAAAAUCAGAAAAAAAACACAAAAGGGCCCAAAGAAAAUAUCAGAGAGAGAAAGAGUCAGAUAUUCAUGUUUUAAUUAAGAAAUAAUGUCACGAAACCCCAUUAACCCCCAUCUAAUCACUUCAUCUUACAUCAUAUCAAUGCCUAGGACUGUGGUGUUCAAGAAAGGAAUACUCUCGCCCAAAAAAGGAUGAUAAUUCUAUUCUGGAUUCUUUAUUUUUUGCUCUUAUUGUAUGUAUAUUUUUGCUCAUGUUUACUGCAAACCAAGAUAGAGAAAUAAAUAAAUGUCAUUUAAGGGAACUCAAAAUGAA